GCCCCCUGCGUCCCCUUAAUCUGGUAGUGCGGCACAAUUUGGCUUUUGACAAUAUUUCUGCAAAUUAUCCUCCUUUAAUCCUUUGCAGACAAAAUGGAGAUUGCAGAAUGCACACAAAUAUACAUUUUCUACAAAAGAUACACAAAACUUUUGAUUCCUGAGUCUGCGACUAAAAUUUCUAAAAGUUAGGAAUUGGUUACAGCAAAUGUCACGGCGCUGUCCCUUGGAUCGCUCCCUCUCUCGUGAGCAACUGGAUCACAAACGUGUGUCUGGCUUGUUCUAUAUGUGCACAUCCAGCAAAGUCAGUUUUGCACCUUCGUUCUCCUAUCACAAAGCACGUUUUCCCCUCAAGCAGUGUCCUUGAAUGCACAACGAUGGCCGCAGGUAACAGGAAGCUGGUGCUUUAAAAAGAAAUCCCACCUGAUCCCUUUGCAAGAUAGCGGCUUCCUAAAUCAAUGUCUAGGCGCUCUGGGGCUUCGCUCCUGUUGCCAGAUGCACAAUUCUCUUCAGUUGCAAAGAACAGAAGACGGCAAUUUGUGCUCUAUAAAUGUGUGAGAGGCAAAAGAACACAAACAGAAAGAACAGAAAUAUUUGGAAAGAAGAACAGGGGAAAAGAGCCCACAAGCACGGAUGACUGCAGGACAUCUGGCCAGUUCUACGUAUCAGGAAAACAUACAAUCCUGUCUUGAAGAUCAACACAGCUAUUGUAUUAAUGGUAUCUGCAUAUUUAAUAAGGAACUACAGGUGCCCACCUGCAGGUGCCUCGCAGGUUACAGUGGCGAGAGAUGUGAACAUUUGAUGUUGAACUCCCACGCGCAGGACCCUUAUGACCAUUACAUUGCUGUCGGGAUUGGGGCUGGAAUAUUGCUAAUAGGUAUUUUUGCUGCCAUCUACUGCUGCCUAAGAAAAAGGUACAGAAAGACCACACUCCUACAAAGUCUGCCGUGAGGAGACAGCACUGUGAAGGUCUUCUGGGUGGUGUAUGAGUUUCCUGAUGAACUAGGUGUGGUGGCCAAAGAAAACCAGAGUCGGCAAAAGACUUUGCAGGCUGCUAGCUGCAAGGACCCUUCUCGCCUGCCUUGUCCUUAGCUUCUGAGCAGAACGCUACAGAGGCCUUGCACCAUGGACCAGGCGAAAUAUGUGCUCUCUCCUCCCGAUUGCCACUGUUGAUCUAUGUGGUUCAAUGUUGUCCCCUCCGAGUGGUAGUUUUCUGCAGAGUCUUGGGUCUCUUUUUUUGCAUCUAGAGAUGUGGGGGACUGAAUUUGGCUUGCCGAUUGGAAGGUCGGUGGUUCAAAUCCCCGCGACGGGGUGAGCUCCCGUUGCUGUGUCCCAGCUCCUGCCAACCUAGCAGUUCGAAAGCACACCAGUGCAAAUAGAUAAAUAGGUACCGCUGCAGCGGGAAGGUAAACGGUGUUUCCACGCGC